AUGCUAUAUGUGUACGACCACAUGUUCCCAUCUUCCUCUGUGACUCUCUUUUCUCCAGACGAAGCUGAAAACAAAGACCCUUCCUCGCCUUCUCUUCAGCCUCCGAGGGAAGAACCGAUCCAGAGAGUUGAACCCAAGAAGGAAGACGCGGCCACCUCGAAGCUCUUCGCUGACGUUGUGAACGUCAGCGAGGGCUUCCAGCUGAGGACGGCCUACAAGAAGAAGGUGAAGCCCUCCAAACUGGACGGUCUUCUGGAGCGUCGGGUCAAACAGUUCACUCUGGAGGAGAAGCAGAGGCUGGAGAGAAUGAGACAGGCGGCACUUCUGGCAAAAAUAGCCGCCAUGAAGCCUGGAGUUAAAACGGAGAGCAAACAGCCGCCGGCCGUCACCCCGUGUGUCAAAAGAGAGCAAGCAGAAGGCGUCGCUGUGAAAGACAACUUGGUGAAGAAGCUCGACUUUGAACAGGAGCAGAUCAAACCAGACGUUGAUGUCAAAUCUGACGCUGAAGCACCCAAACAGAUGGAGGUGAAUGAUGUGCACAAAGAAGUGAACGGAGAAACGCCGUCAACCACCGAGUCUAGCGGGAAAAACAACGGUUUAUCAGACGCUAUGGAGAAAAAGACGGAAGUGGCUCGAGCGGGAAAACGUGUGUUUGAGGAAAUGGAGAAAGCUGGUGAACAGAGCAUGGAGGUAGAGGAAAGUAAGACUACUGAAGUGCAGGUUAACGGGAAAACGGAGGGUGGCGUUCCUGCAGAAACCACCUCAGAACCAGCUCAAGGUGACAUGAAAGAACCCGUGAAGUCUCUGAUGAACGGGAACCUCUUGCAGAAAAGCGACGUGUCCGACGGGAGUCACCAACCUCCUCUGAAAGUCCCGAAACUGGAGAACCACGUGACGGAGAAAGGAGACUCUUUGGCGUUGGAUAGUGAGCCUGCUAAGCUAACAUCAUCAACCCCUGCUCUCGUGAAUAAUACAAGUACUGAAGGUUUGAAGAGCACCUCAACAGAAGCUCAAAACGCCCCGAAAACAGACUCGUCUCAAACAGGAAGUGGCGUCGUCUCCUCAGUUUCCUCCAGAGCCGUCGUCCCGCAGAAAACCAAACUUCAAGACACCAAGACGUCCACUUCCAGCUCCAUGACGAUCAGUAAAGAAUACUCCACGAAAGACCGGGUCAGCCUCCUGCGGUUCUACAAAUCCAGGAAGGCGCGUUCGGGUACCGCGCUGCCGUCCUACAGGAAGUUCGUCACCAAGAGCAGCAAGAAGAGCAUCUUUAUUCUGCCCAACGACGACCUGAAGAGGAUGGCGAGGAGAGCGGGCAUCAGAGAGGUUCCCAUCUUCAACUACAACGCUAAACCAGCCCUGGAUAUCUGGCCGUACCCCUCGCCUCGGCCCACUUUUGGGAUCACAUGGAGGUACCGUCUGCAGACCGUGCGCUCUCUGGCCGGCGUCAGUCUGAUGCUCCGGCUGCUCUGGAGCUGCCUGCGCUGGGACGACAUGUCCGUGAAGCCGUCUGCAGCCGUAGGGACCACACGCAAAGGUGAGGAGACAUCACAAACACUCAGAAAUGGCAAAA